AAAAUAAGAUAAGUCGUUUAUUUCAUGUGACUUGGAAGGAGUGCAUGGGGUGCUAUCCAGUCGGACCCACUCCUUAAAGGUCCAAUCCCUUCACGCCAGAGAUCGUAUGAAUAGAAGUUAACCAUUGAAUUAGCCUUCUGUGUUUGUUCUUGGUUAGGGACCGUUGACGUUGGGUAAACGUUAGCCAACGCAACCGCUCUCAUCUUUUAAAGCUCUACAUACAAAUUUUGGAAAUUAAAUCAGUAUACCUUCACAUCAUGGGUUCUGCAUUCAAGGAUGACCAUGAGGAAGUCAUUCAGGCAUGGUAUAUGGACGAUAGUAAUGAAGAUCAAAGACUUCCACAUCACAAGCACCCAAAGGAAUUUGUAUCUCUUGACAAACUUGCAGAACUUGGGGUACUUAGUUGGCGGUUGGAUGCUGAUAACUAUGAAACUGAUGAAGAAUUGAAGAAGAUACGUGAAUCUCGUGGAUACUCUUACAUGGACUUUUGUGAAGUUUGCCCAGAAAAGCUGCCGAAUUAUGAGGAGAAGAUCAAAAACUUUUUUGAAGAGCAUCUUCAUACUGAUGAGGAGAUUCGUUAUGCUGUUGCUGGAAGUGGGUACUUUGAUGUGAGAGAUCGUAAUGAGGCUUGGAUACGUGUUUGGGUGAAGAAAGGGGCCAUGAUCGUAUUACCUGCUGGUAUAUAUCACCGCUUCACGCUUGAUACAAACAACUACAUCAAGGCCAUGCGGCUUUUUGUUGGUGAUCCAAUUUGGACUCCUUUUAAUCGACCACAUGAUCACCUGCCUGCAAGGAAAGAGUAUCUUGAAGAUUUUGUUCACAAGGAGGAUUCUGCUGUUGAUGCAGCUGCUUGAGACACUAAUAAGUAACAAGAAUCUUCAUAUUAGUUGACAACUAUAUAUAAUAAGCAGCAGCAGGUUUAUGAACCAAAAUAUUGCCUUGUGCUGUAACUCGGUCUUAACCCAAGUAUUUGUGUUACGUAUAAGUUAUACCAAAAUCUUAUGUAUAUGGUGGUUGUGAGCGACACACUCGCAGCACCACUUAAUACCAACAAGUUAGGUCUGGUCAGGAGUUCAAGAGGUGGUAAAUUUGAACAGCUUAGAUAUAUAGCUAUUUAAAGUGCAGUAACCAGUUGCUUCAGAUUGUAUGAACAUGAUUUAAAAAUUAAUUAUUGAACAAAUAAACCU